GAUCUUUCAAAAUGGCGAACUCUUAAGAAUUCUUUUUAAGAAUUUAUUCAUAAAUCUAGAUCUAGAUCUAGAAGUCUAGAUCUAGUCUACAUUCCGUAAAUAAAUUAAAUUUGGAUCCAAAAAUUUUAAAGGUGCUGAUAGUAAAGUAAAACUAGAAGCCUAAGAAGAGUAAGAGUUACAGUAACUUACUUACAGUAGAGCAGCAAAUAUUAACUUACAAGAUGGAAGAUUGUCAGAUGUUCACAGACGUCCAUUCUAAAGAAAUACUUUCAACAAUGAAUGCUUUACGCAAGGCAAAUAAACUGUGUGAUGUUAUUCUAAGAGUAGAGAACAAAUGUUUUCCUGCACAUCGUAUAGUGCUUGCAGCAAGUAGCGAUUACUUCAAUGCAAUGUUUACAAAUGAGAUGAAGGAAAAAGACAAAUCUGUAAUAGAUCUUCAUGAGAUACCCGCCAUUGUCAUGGAAAUCCUGUUAGACUUUGUUUACACAGAGACAGUCGAGGUGACUGUAGAAAAUGUACAGGAACUUCUGCCUGCUGCUUGCUUACUACAGCUGACAGGUGUGAAGAAUGCUUGCUGCAGAUUUUUGGAACGUCAGCUUGAUGCAAGUAACUGCUUGGGCAUUAAGGUGUUUGCAGAAAAUCACUGUUGUCAGUCAUUAUUUCAUGCUGCAGAAAGAUUUGCACUUAGACAUUUUAAUUCUGUCAUAGAGCAUGAAGAAUUUAAAAUAAUGCAUUUUGAAGAGGUGGAGUCAUUAGUGGCAAGUGAGGAUUUGCAGGUAAAAAGUGAAGAAACAGUUUAUCAAGGUGUGGUUACCUGGGUUAAAAGUGAUGAGCCUGCAAGACUCAAGUACAUGCCACGGCUGCUAGGCCAUGUUAGAUUGCCUUUACUCUCAGUAAAUUUUAUCACAGAUGUUCUGGACAAUGAGAUAUUAAUAAAAACAAGUCAUGCUUGUCGAGAUCUUGUAGAUGAAGCAAAGCGUUUUCACCUUCGCCCAGAUCUCAGAGAUAAAAUGAGCGGACCUAAAACUACACCUAGAGCAGGAACGGACAGUGUCUUAGUUGUUCUUGGAGGCUUUGGUUCUCAUCAAAACUUAGUCGAUACAGUUGAAAGUUUUUGUUCAAAAACUGAUUCAUGGACCAAACUUCCUAAUUUAACUCGAAAGAGGCGCUAUGUAUCAGCAGCUUCGGUAGCCAAUAAGCUCUAUGUGGUUGGAGGGUAUGACGGGCAGUCCAGACUGAGUUUAGUGGAAAAACUAGAUUUUACACAGGAGAAACUGCAGUGGGAGCCUGUUACUUCUAUGCACCAACGCAGAGGUUUGGCUGGCAUAUGUGUUUACAAAGACCAACUGUAUGUCUGUGGCGGCUUUGAUGGGUAUUCUAGGCACUCCAGUCUUGAACGUUUUAACCCCAUCUCUGAGCAGUGGACAAUGCUGAGCUCCAUGGCAACAGGCAGAGAAGGUGCUGGGCUAGUUGUGGCCAGUGAUAUGAUCUACUGUAUAGGUGGAUAUGAUGGUACUAAUCUAUUAUCCACUGCGGAGUGCUAUGAUCCACAAAUGGAUCAAUGGAGCAAUAUUCCACCUAUGACAACUCAGAGAUCUGGUGCAGGUGUUGCAGUUUUGAACAAUGUAAUUUAUGUCUGUGGUGGUUAUGAUGGUACUGACCACCUUUCUAGUGUUGAAUGUUUUAAUACAAGAGCAAACUACUGGGCCUCCAUAACAAACAUGCAGGUUCCUCGCUGCUAUGUAGGAGCUUGUGUAUUCCAAGGAAAACUGAUGGUUGUAGCAGGCUAUGAUGGUAAAACUCUAUUGGACACUCUUGAGGUCUACGACCCUUCUCACAGUACCUGGAAGAACAUGAGUAAAAGUAUGGCCAUAUCAAGGUGUGAUGCAGGUGUCACAGUCAUCAGAUCUGUCCCUCAAGGUCCCGUCUCCAGUCCAGAGUCCUCUGUCCUGUGCCAUUUUUUCAACCUUACUCCAGGUGCAACCCAUCUUUAUGGUUUCAGCCUCAAGGUCCCGUCUCCACUGCAAGUUGUCCUGUUGUUUGCCAUAGUUGUGUAUGGUGUCGGGCCAGCGGAUCUUGUAAUUUCUUUGUUGAUACUAUCAUUGAAAAAUAAAAUGGAGCAAACAAUCACUAUGAUGACUGAGGAGGAAAUUCCAGAAGUUGGUCCCAAUGAUAUUGUGAUUCAUUUAGUCAAUCCUUACAAGUGUGGCUUAUGUGAUCUUGAGUUUCUGGAGAAAGCUGUGUUUAAGAAACAUAUGUUUUCCCACCUGGAACAAAUAAAACAAGAAAGACCAAGUUCUCAGAUAGUGAUGAGCAUAACACUUCCUCCUGAGACACCAGGGGGCGUCACUGUGACAAGAGAUAUCUUACAACUAGGAGAGGAUGGUUCUAUCAAACAAGUACUUCAGCCUACUCAUAAUCUAACACUGAAUCAAGUUUCCCCACUGAGAGAACUAGAAGAAGCAGGUGUCAUCAAACUUGAGCAGCCCAAGCCCGAAGUAAUGAUACCAAAAAGAGUUACACAGCCUAUUGCCAGAAGCAGCAGUGUUGUUACUAAUGCUGCUCAAACACAGCAGGGACAGCCUGAAGUUGACCUCAUUCAAGAUGUGUUUACCUCUGUUGUGAGUCCUCCAGAGGUUCAAGUUGUUGUAAAGCAGCCCACACUAAAAGAUGCAGCAGAAAGUACUUCAGAAGUGUCAGAAAUGGCUGAGAACAAUGAUGGCUUUUUAAGUUUUGCACUCAAAGGGCCAAAUGAUGAAAUGCAACAUAUCCAAAUUAUCAGGUCUGAAGGUGCAGGUGAUUUGAUGCUUGAACUUGGCAAUGAUGCCAAGGGGGCUAACCGAGUAGUAGCUUCAAACAAAAACAAUUGUGACAUUUGCGGAAAAGUGUUGUCCAGCUCCACAAAUCUGAUUAGACAUAAAAUGUAUCACAGUGCUGAAAGGCCUUUUGUGUGUGAGAUUUGUAACAAGGGUUUCAAGGAUAUCUGUAACUUAAAAAAGCAUGCAAUGAUACAUAAGCGAAUUUUCCCAUGCUAUUUGUGCAAAAAAUCUUUUUUGCGAAAAUCUCUGUUAGCUCUUCAUUUACGUCGUCAUGAAGCUCGAACUACACUUGUCAAGUCUGGUAACAGUAUGAAAGAGGUGACGAUCAGAACAUUUGUUGAUGAAGAUGGAACUAGAGUUGAGGAAAUGUGCAUGGCAGCUUUGGGUGGCCAAACCUUUGAGUAUAAGCAGCGUAUAGUCAAAGCUGACCCUGGAGAAAUUGACAGACAGGUAAAGAAAGAAAUAGAAGCUGAGAAAAGAGCUCAAGCAGAUGCUGGUACAACCACAGAGCCAGAAAUCACUGAAACUGUGGUGUCUGAGGAAAAUACUGAAGAAAACACUGAUCAAAAACCAUCUAGCCAGAAGACUAUAUUCAUGGUGACAAUGAAUGGAUUACAAGAAACUGUUGUGGAACAACCUUCCGCUCCUGAAAGCAGCCAGGAAAAUGUGUUCAGAAAAUCUGAGUCUAGCUCUAUUGAUGAGGUAGCAGUGGAUGACAUGCCAGAUUUGAAAAUCCCAGAUGUUCCUGAAGAAUUUGUCAAGGUUUAUCAAUGUGGACAUUGUGGCAAGCGGACAGUUCAGCGAGGCAAUAUGAUGCGACAUUUGAUCCACCACUUAACAGACAAGCCUUUUAGAUGUGACGAGUGCCCCAAGCAGUUUGUUGAUAAAGGAGAACUAGUUAAGCACAAGAAAACACAUUCUAAACCUUACAGGUGCCAGCUGUGUCAUGGAGCUUUUGCACACAAUGCACAGUUGUUGAAACAUUUGCAGAGUGCAUGUUUAGGCAAUACAGAUGCUCUAAAUUACACCAUCAUGGAAGAUGGUAAAACCUACAAAUGCGACAUCUGUCGUAUUGAGAUGAAGAGGUUGGGCAACAUGAUCAAGCAUGUUAGAACUCACAGCAUAAGCCAUAGGAAACCAAUGUGGAAUGAUGCAAGGAAAGUGAACCUUCUGAAAUCUGGCAAGAGACCAGAAGCCCCAUACUAUUAUGAUUCAAAUCGUAGACUCUUUGUAUGUGGUUACUGCUCCAAGUCAUUUGCUUUGAAGGCCAGUGUCUACCAACAUGUGAAGGUGCACACCAAAGAGAAACCCUACCAGUGUGCUGACUGUGACAGGUGGUUCUCAUGUGCUGCUGCAUUAAAGAGACAUUUGCAAAUACAUACUAAACCAUUUAAGUGUGAAAAAUGUCCUUUAGCUUUUUCACGCAAACUUUUCUUGGACGCACACCAAAGGAAACAUUAUCAAAGUGAAAAAGAUGAAGAAACCACAGAUUAUGGGCUGACUGAAGACAAGUUGUCAUACUACUGUAAGCACUGCAGCAAGAAGCUUCCCAAUAAAUAUCGCAUGAUGAGCCACGUAAGAUCACACGUAAAUAAAAGACCAUUUGAGUGCCCAACAUGUAACAAGUGCUUCAGCAGCCAGUACAUGCUACUCAAGCACAAAAAGAUCCAUGUCAAGCCUUUUGUUUGUAGUCAGUGUGGAGAAACCUUUACCAGGAAAAUUUUCAUGGAUGUUCACAAAGUAAAAAUGCAUACUUACAAGGAAAAAGAAGUUGAAUUAGAUGUCAACGAUUCUUUCUCAGAAGUACAAAACUUUCCAUGUUCCAUUUGUGGGGCUCCAUUUGACAGGCUUGUCAUCAAAAUGAAUCAUGAAAAGAAAUGUGCUGAGGAAUGUAAAGUGAUGAUGCGGCUUCCAGAAGGAAAAGGUUACAAAUGUAAAAUCUGCAACAAGGUGGCAAGCCUGAAGCACAAUCUAAUGGUCCAUAUUCGUAAGCACGACAAUAUUGUCUCUGUUGACAAAAGUGGCAGCAUAACCUUUCUUGAUGAAUCUUUUGUACAAGAGAAUGAUAAUGUUAAGCAGCCAGUGCAGAAUGUAUCAGAUAAAGAAGAGAAAGAAAAAACUAUAACCAUUUUUCAGCCAACCUCAGUAAGGAAGAAAAAGGUAGAGGUUUGCAAGGAUGAUAUUUUUGAUGAUGAAGCAAAUGUUGAAGAUGUCAAGGAUUCAAGAUACAAGAAAACUGCAGGAGGCUAUGCAUGUCUGUCCUGUAGGCGUAAAUUUAUUGACUUUGAUCUGCUGAUGAAGCAUUUAGACUCACAUGGUGACAUUGAAGAUAGUGCCAAGAAGACUAAUGCUAAAAAUAAACAAGAGCAAGGGAAGUCACAAGAUCAUGAAGUUAAAAUGGAAGCGGAGGACAUCAGGCAGGAUAAUACAGAUUCCAUGGAUGAUACAGAAAAACCUGUCUCAAGUUCUAAGACACAGAGUAAAUCCACUCCAAAAUCUGCAUCAAAAAGGAAAAUCACUGAAGACACCAAGAUGAAUAACUCAACCAAAUCUAAAGUGUCUACUCCAAAAGUCUCCCAUAAGCCACAUAAUGUACCAGCAGAUAAUCUUACACCUUCCAGAAGUGGCAGUCGCCCUGCUAGAGUUCAGAAAAUACCAUCUCGAUUUCUUGAAUGAUUUACUUUUUCUCAUUUAAAUUUUCUCUAUGAAAUUUUAUAUAUCAGCUGUAAAUAUUCCUCUGGAUGUAUAUCCAUGAGAAAGAUUUCUGUUCUAAUAGAAAUAUUCUAAUGUUGUUAGACAAGUGUUUAUUCUGAUUGAUGAUGAUCAGCUUUCAAACUGUUGUGUUGGUGUCUAGUUUCCCUAUGUCUAAAAUAGAAAGGCCAUCAUAAUCAUGAUAAAGUAGAAAAUAAAAUAGUAUCUCACGUGUUUUAUAUGACCUACACAGCAUAUGACUAUACUACUCAUUUAAAUUUAAAGUUAAGCUAUUUUAAAUUUAAGAAAUUUCUGUAUAUUAGAAAUAGAUAUUUUUCUCUUGUAAGAAAAGAGCAUGUUUGAAUGUAAGUUGUGUAUAUUAUAAUUAAAAAGCAUCUGAUCCAUUGUUUAUCUCCCCUGUAUUCUGAUUAUUUCCCUGUAUUUGUAUCAAUAUGUCUGGCAGCAUGUUUAUUGUUUACUUUCAUGAACAUAGCAGAUCUACCUAUUGAUUAUUUUGUAAUAAAAGACAAAA